AUGAACUUUUAUGACGAAGAAAUAACCAUCAGAGGUCCCGACUCAAAGCAUUUGAGUAAUGUGAAAGUGGAGAGGCUGCCUAGCCGUGGUGCAAGUGACGUGAGCAAUGUGGCAGAUCCAGGAAGUAGCCUUACACAUAAGAAUCGUCCCAGUCAAAGGAAUAUCUUAAAAUUAAAUUCCACUGAGGAAGACGAUGGAUUGCUUCAAGACAUAAUUGAUCAUGACGAUGAAGAUGAAGAUGAUGAUGAUGAAGAUGACAGCGAUAUACAGCAAGCUAAAGCAUUGCCACUUAGAAAUAGCGGUCAGUUGAAACGACGUAGCGCGACACAGCGUCCAAAAAAUCGUCCAGGUAGUACACGUUCCAAUGGAGCUAUGAAUUUACCAACAGCGAAAGCUUUAGAAUUGGACUCUGAUCGCUCGGAUACUGAAUCUGAUGAUAUUGACUUAACACACCAGAAACAACAUCAACAACGUAGUAAUUCUAUUGGUGCACAUCAUGCUAUAGGCGAAUUAGCCCAACUCUCCAUCACACCGGAUAAAUGGAAAAAUCUUGAUGUACCUCAAGAGUUAAAGGAACUUUUUCCAUAUAUUCUAAAAUAUACACCACAAAGCAUUGAAACACACUAUCUCUUGCAACCUUUCAUACCAGAGUAUGUGCCUGCAGUUGGCGAUGUCGACGCAUUUCUAAAAGUAACAGUACCUACUCUACCACAACCCCAUCGUCUACAGGAAAUCAAUGAACAUUUAAGUAGAUUAGGUUUACAUUUUCUGGAUGAACCUUCCGGUGAACAAAGUGAGCCUAGCUUACUUAAUAUGAAACUACGUUCGAUGUUGACUGGUAGUGGCGUAAAUCCACGUUCGACUUCUGCUACACUCAUACCUACGGCGAAAUCAUCUAAGGAUAUUGAUAAGUGGAUAGCUGAAGUAGAACAGGUGCACAUGACACAGUCUGUGUACGAUGCGCAACCACGUAAAGAUAUCGAAUUAUUACAAUUGGAUUGGCCGCGGAAUUAUGCCGACGCAGCAGCAAUAAUACAGAGCGGUUAUCAACGCUGUGCGAAUAGUGAAAUCAGUUUGGAUGAAUAUAUAUGCUUGCUUUGCCAACAUUUUGGUGUUGAAGGUGCCUCAGAAACUCAAAUCGAUUAUAUUUUAAACGUACAUACAUUAUUCGCAUUGUAUUUAGUUGCCAAUCAGGCUUGGGACUAAGUCAACACACCAACGAAUAUUAUGUAUUAGUACUGUGUUCACACUUACAAUAAACGAACUUGAUUAACAUAAUUUUAUGGGGAUUUUGCCAAGUUAAUUGCCAUGCUGUGAACGUAGUGUUAAACUCAUUCUA